AUGGCCGCGGCUCUCCAUCAGGCCACGAAGGAGAGCCAAUUGACCUUGGAAGAGCUUGACGCCUUCUGUGUCAACGGCAUCGUCGCUUCAGAUGUGCAAGCGACACACACACAAGAAGGCCAGAGCAGUGGAAACGGGCAUGAAGAAAGGGAUGGAGAAGAAGACAGCCAGGACAUGGACGAGGAGAACAUGGACGAGGAGAAUAUGGACAGCGGCAAUGAUGAAUCCCGCAUCGGCUCAAUAUCACGCGGCAGCCCUGCGAACUCGGUCGUCACACGAUUGCGUGUCCCCAGCCUCGUCGCCAAGCGCCCCUGGAGGAGCCUCAGACGCAACAGUAGCAAAGAGGACGGCGACGAAAAACUCCGUCGGCGCAAGCAUCAGCGUACUCGCGAUGACAGUCCAAGAUCCCGUGGGAAUCCACAACGCGACAGUUCGAGACGGCACGCGAUUGACAAUGAUCCAGUUUCAAUAGCGACACUCGCACAACGAAGCGACAGUAAUGGCAACUGGAGCAGAGACGAGGACAUGAACGUUGAUCGCGACGACUUUGGGAGCAUAGGCAUGGGCAUAGACAUGCAAGAAGAGGACGCAGCACCGCUUUGCUCGAGGCUCAUGAGUAACACCAGUGGCAUGGACACUGACGAGGACUCCAACAUGGGCAAGGGCAAGGCCGUGGAGGAAGACGCUUGCUUAACUCUCUCGAAGUUCAGUAACGACAGUGAUCGCAUGACCUUCAACGAUGAGCACGAAAACCAAGCAUCUGACAAUACAUCCUCAACAACGACAUUCCGCACAGGGGAAAGAGAAAGCACGGUCUUGGGUGCACACAUCUGCCCGGCGACUUCGAAACCACCCGCAGAAACAUCAAUCUUCAUGGUCCUUCUGAUAGCCCUCCCCCGUCAGUCUUCAUGUCAUCGCAUGUCGCUCUUCAUGUCAUCGCAUGUCGCUAAGCGGCCCCAACUCUGUAAUCUUGGUGACAGUAUCGAGCAACACGAUGACGAGGAUGAGGACGAACAAACUCGUCCGGGCAAGAACGUUCAUGCUCGCAUCUCUAGCCCACCAAAUUCCGAUGAAAUGAGGGAGAUGCGGCGCAGGAUCGAUCACCUUGACAGAGGAGCGCAACACAAUGGAAGGGACGCGGUGGUGUCAAAGUCGCGAUGCUAG